ACAAUGAUCCAAAUAGAGUUACCUGGCCCAUAUGGGAACAUCUCUUCCUACAACUACUACUGCUAAUAUUGUCAAAGGACAUAGCGUUGUGAUCACUCAUCAAAAGUUUGAUUCUGUUGGCAGUUUCCUGGUAUGGAACUAGAGUCAGUUAAUGACAGAAAAGCUGAAGUUCAAGCGUUUGAUGAUUCAAAAACGGGUGUAAAAGGUGUCUUAGAUUCUGGGGUGACAAAGAUUCCACCUAUGUUCCAUGUAAAAUCAGACCCCACUCCAACCUCACCAGCUGACACCAACUUCAGCACAUCCCAAUUCCCAAUCAUUGAUCUUGUGGACAUAAGCAAGAACACAACUCAGCGUGUUGAAGUAGUUGGCCAGAUCAGGAGUGCAUCUCAGAAGUGGGGUUUUUUCCAAGUGAUCAAUCAUGGCAUUCCUGUUGAGGUUUUGGAUGAGAUGAUCAGUGGAAUCCGCAGGUUUCAUGAGCAAGAUGCUGAGGCAAGGAAACCCUUUUACUCCAGAGAUAGCACUAAGAAAGUCAGGUACUUUUCUAAUGGGAAACUCUUCAGAGAGAUGGCUGGUACUUGGAGGGACACACUUGCUUUUUCUGUGAAUCCCGAUCCUCCAAACCCACAAGAUAUGCCAGCAGUUUGUAGAGAUAUUGUGGCUGAAUAUGCAAAACAAGUAAAAGCAUUGGGUAUCACAAUCUUUGAGCUACUGUCAGAGGCUCUUGGACUUAAUCCUUCUUACCUUAAAGAAAUGGACUGCGCUGAAGCACUUCAUGUUAUGGGUCAAUACUAUCCACAAUGCCCUGAACCUGAAUUAACUCUGGGUAUUUCAAAGCACACUGAUUGUACCUUCAUAACAAUACUUUUGCAAGAUCAGAUAGGUGGUCUUCAAAUUCUUCAUGAUAAUCAUUGGGUUAAUGUUCCUCCGGUGCAAGGAGCUCUAGUUGUAAACAUCGGAGAUAUUCUACAGGUAAUUUCUGAAAUUUUCAACUAUUUUUUCUACAAAAGAUAAAUAUGUUCUUGAAAU